AUGGCCAUGAUCUCUUCCCUAGAUAUUGACAUGUCGAAUGCCCAGGUGAUGAAGGAUGAAACGGGCAGGCCAUUCAUCAUUGUCAGGGAUCAGGGUAGAAAAAAGAGGCAGCAUGGCAACGAUGCCGUCAAGUCACACAUUCUGGCCGCAAAGACGGUCGCCAACAUCGGACCCCGUGGCCUGGACAAGAUCCUCAUUUCCCCCGAUGGAGACAUCACAGUCACAAACGACGGCGCCACGAUUCUCUCUCAGAUGGACAUCCAGAACCACGUUGCGAAGCUCUUGGUGGAACUCUCAAAGUCCCAGGAUGAUGAAAUUGGCGACGGUACAACUGGUGUCGUAGUGUUGGCAGGCGCUCUCCUGGAGCAGGCGGCGGACCUCAUCGACAAGGGCAUCCACCCCAUCAGGAUAGCAGACGGUUACGACCAGGCCUGUGAAGUCGCCGUGGCCAGGCUCGACGAAAUCAGCGACGAGAUCAACUUCUCCAAGGACAACACCGAGGAGCUCUUCCGCGUCGCAAAGACAAGUUUGGGAAGCAAAAUCGUCUCAAAAGCACACGACCAAUUUGCCAACAUCGCCGUCGAUGCCGUGCUCUCUGUGGCAGAUCUGGAAGCAAAGGAUGUCAACUUCGAGCUCAUCAAGGUGGACGGCAAGGUCGGAGGCUCGCUCGAAGACACGCUGCUCGUCAAGGGCGUCAUUGUCGACAAGGACUUCUCACAUCCCCAGAUGCCUUCAGAAGUCAGGGACGCCAAACUCGCCAUCCUCACCUGCGCAUUCGAGCCCCCGAAGCCAAAGACCAAGCAUAAGUUGGACAUUACCUCGGUGGAAGAGUUCAAGAAGCUGCAACAUUACGAGUCCAACAAGUUCACCGAGAUGAUUGAGCAGAUCAAGGCUACCGGUGCGAAUGUGGUCAUAUGUCAAUGGGGUUUUGACGAUGAGGCAAACCAUCUUCUUCUUACAAACCAGCUUCCUGCAGUGCGAUGGGUGGGUGGUCCGGAAAUUGAACUCAUCGCCAUUGCCACAAAUGGACGUAUUGUGCCGCGGUUCGAGGACCUCAGUGCAGAGAAGUUGGGCACAGCUGGUGUUGUUCGGGAGUUGACUUUCGGAACCACAAGAGACAAGAUGCUGGUGAUCGAGGAAUGUGCCAACACAAGGGCUGUCACGGUCUUUGUGCGAGGUAGCAACAAGAUGAUCAUCGACGAGGCAAAACGAUCACUGCAUGAUGCCCUUUGCGUUGUCCGAAACCUGGUCCGAGACAACCGCAUCGUCUAUGGUGGUGGUGCUGCUGAAGUUGCAUGUUCACUGGCUGUCGAAGAUGCAGCGGUCAAGAGCCCUGGUUUGGAACAAUACGCAAUGCGCGCCUUCGCCGAUGCGCUUGACGCCGUGCCCAUGGCCCUGGCUGAGAACUCUGGUCUCAGUCCAAUUGAGACUCUGGCCAAUAUCAAGUCCCGACAAGCCAAGGAGAAGAACACAAGGUUAGGUGUCGAUUGUAUGCAGACAGGCAGCAAUGAUAUGAAGGAGCACUUCGUGAUCGAUCCCCUUAUUUCAAAGAGGCAACAAUUGCUACUCGCAACCCAGUUAUGCAGAAUGGUUCUCAAGGUCAAUAAUGUCAUCAUUGCUGGAAGCGACGAGCAGGACUUUUGA